UUUACCGCGUGCGCUCUCGCGCCGUGUUUUGCGGCACCGUAACAACAUUAUAUUUCUCAUGUUAUUAGCUCACCUGUCGUCAGUGUCAUUGGAAAUGGAGGCGUUUAAUCAGCUUCUGUUGGAAUAUCCUGAGCUAAUGUACAGUGGAGUCGGAGCUACGGCGGUUGUCGCCGGUGGAGCGCUGAUAUACAAAAUUGCUAACAGAAAGAAGCCCACCCAUGCAAACGUGAACUGCUGGUUCUGUAAUGAGAAUACAGUGGUGCCUUAUGGGAACAGGAACUGUUGGGACUGCCCUAACUGUGACCAGUACAAUGGAUUUCAAGAGAAUGGGGAUUACAACAAACCUAUUCCAGCUCAGUACAUGGAGCAUCUGAACCAUGGAGUGUCUGGUAGCCUUCCCUCAUCUGAGACGCCCAAGACACAGCAGUGGGUCAACUGUCAGAUGCUGCUUUGCAGGAGGUGCAACAACAACCAAACUGUAAAGAUCAAGCAGCUGGGCACAUUUAUCCCAAGGGAUGAUGAGAACUACGAUGAGGAAAUUGAUGCCUACAAGCAUCACUUAGAGCAGACCUAUAAGUUAUGCCGGCCGUGUCAGACAGCAGUGGAGUACUACCUCAAAUAUCAAAACCGUCAACUGCGAACUGUGCUCCUAAACCAUCAGCUUCGACGCAGCCGAGAAUCAGACAAGGGCUUCGUAAAGAGCUCCUAUUCUGUGUCUUCUCCCACGGGUGUCAUUCUGUUACGGGCCCUUGCCUUCCUGAUAUGUGCUUUCCUAGUUGCUACAUCUUUGUGUGACUUGCCAAAUCAGCCUGCUUCGCUUAGUGGCCCACAGACACUAAGUGGUGGAGUCAUUCCUCCAAAGCCCAAACCCCAGAAUGAAUCCACCUCCAACAACGAAAGCAGCGGAGGUGUUCCUGUGUGGCAGGGUCUGCUGGAGCUGGUGCCAGACAAGGCCAUAGAAAAUGCCAAGCUGGUGUGGCAGCAUGGAAAGGACAACCAGCUGGUUAUAGUCUCUGUUGGCCUGUUGACUUGUCUCUCUGCUGUCUUCUUAGCAGGACCUGCGAGGUUGAGGAGAAUUGAUGCCGUGUCCUCUGUCCUGUGGUUCUUCAUCCUGUGCCUCUUCCUCGCUGAGAGCUACUUGACUGAUACCUUGGGUUGGAUGGACAUAGCCAAGCUCAGUACCGUCUCCCUCUGUUGCCUAGUCAGCUUUGCCGCUGCUGUGGCAACUCGCAAACCACUGGGGCCAAGAAGAGCCAGAUAUCGAAGAUACCUUGCAGGCAGCUCUGCAGUCCCCCCCUUCUGCAGCCAGCCUCCUUUGCUCUCUCCGGACCUGGCAGACUCCUUUGUCCCCACCCCGCCGCCCAACCUCUCCAUGCUCAUCAACCGCCAGCAGAGUCCUCGCGAGCGCAAGGCUUCCCCCUCCUCUCUGCCCGGGCGCCUCAACAGAGCUCUCUGUCUUGGCACCAUCCCCUCCCUUACAAGGACAGACUCUGGUUACCUGUUCAGUGGAAGCAGACCAGCAUCACAAUACAAAGACUCUCCGCCCUCAGACUAUUUUUCACUGAUUUCUGGGAGCCGCCCAUCAUCCCCGGGUCCCUCUCCAACCCCUUCAGUAGCUGGGUCAGUUACAUCCAGUUCAAGUUCUGCCAGACGGCGGCCCCUCAUCAGCCCUGCUCGCCUCAACAUCAGCGGCAGGAAACUGCGGCUUUUCUCCACGGAGCCAGAACCCGCGCUCAUGUCCCCAUCUGUGUCUUCAUCCCACUUCAAUGUAAAGUCAACCUCCUCCAUUUACAGCAGCUGCUUUUCACCUGACAUAUCACCCUUCCAAAGCCAAAAUGAUUUGAGUUCUUUGUUAAGGGACGGCAGUGUGAUUGAAGAGGAAGAGAAGCAAGGCAGCUCCUCUGAGUCCUCCGCAUGCAUGGUUGGCACCACUACGCAGGGACCUGAGAACACCCCUCCUCCAGAAGGAUUUGUUAAGAGUCUUAUCUGGCCAGGACUUUUGUUGGUGAGCCUGACUUCCAACCUGUUCUUCGCCGGCCUCUACAUGUACCAUAACUGGAGAUGAACUGCUGGUGAUUCUGCUGCUGUUCUCUUGUGACCUGCACAGAGUGAGUCGGCCUCUGGCCUCUGACCUCUGACAUCCCUGUCAUGUCUGUGGACCUGGCAGUUAUUCAGCAAUGCCAGAGAUCAUCACAUUUCAGGCUACUUGUUGCUCACUGGUGCUUAGUGAAAAUACAGAUGUCAACUGAUAGAUUUUCAACAGCAUACCUCCCAUGUGAUUGGAGUUACGAGAAAACGGUGGUUUUCUUUGUGAUUUGUGGUUAAUGUUUUUUUUUCUCCUUUUUGAUCUGGCCUUGUUUUGGCAUCACUGCUCCUCUUACAUGAACGCAGGUGCAUGUGUAAUUGAUUUAAAAGGCUCAAUUCUUGCACUGAUGCUGUGAAAUGUGCAAUAAACAUGUACUGUUAAGUUGAUCCUCGGACACAGAGGUUCAUGUCUAAUACUGAUGGUGAUGAGUGCAUUACCUCCCCCAGUGGAUAAACACUUUUGCUUCUCUACAACAGCCAAACGAUUAUUUAAAAAAAAACAAAACAUUAAGCAGCAUGUAACAUUUGUGGUGUAUAAUUAAGUUUUUCCAUUUUGGAAAUUUGUACAAACUUUCACUUUGUAUUGUCAUAAUCUCACUGCACGCGUUUUCCAUUGUGUUUCUUUGUAUAUUCAUCUGGGAAAGAGUGGUGUGUCAAACUCUAUCCUGUAAUGAUGUUUUGUUAUACAGUUUACAGUCACCAUUUGUAAUAUUAUGCUUAUUUAUAUCUCAUACCACGGUGACAUGUCACAAUCGGUCACUAUAGAAAUAGUUCUCUUUCACCUAAAUGUUUUUUUCACCGUUAUCUCCGUUUCACAGGUUGGUUUGAAGAGGGCAAUGCUCCUAAGCUCAAGUGCAAUGUUAAUAUAUUUUUUUUUUAUUUCCCAAUCUAUAAAAUGAAAUCAUGUUCACAUUUACAUGAUGUUUGCUUAAAAAUGGCACAAAGAUUCAGAUGUAGGCCCCCAGUGACUUUUAUUCCUCACUAGGGCUGCGCGAUAUGAAGAACAUCAAAUAUCACAAUAAUUUUACACUGAGAUUUUUGAUUAAUAAUGAUUAAUGUGGAAGGAAAAGGCAAAUAAUGGAACAGUCUGGUAAGUUCAGAAAAUGUACUGCAUUUACAGUAAUGCAGCCUUUAAAACCAGGAAAAGAGAACACUUAUUAUACGAUAUUUAAAUUCUUAGACGGUAACUAGUCUUAUAUCACAAUAUUGAUAUGAUAUCAACAUAUUGCCCAGCCCUACUUACAACUGAGCUGUAAAGUAAUACAUAAGUUAUAUUUAACUUGUUGUCAAACAUCUACAUAUUAAAUUGGAAGGAGUUUGCACGUGUUUUUUUUUCUGAAUCUGUUCACUCUUUAUGUUUGGUUGGGUUGUAUUUUGAAUGUUUGAAAUUAUUCUAUUAGAGAUGAAGAUGUUUUAUUAUUGUGUGUGUGUGUGUGUGUGUGUGUGUGUGUGUGUGUAUUGAACAUAAAAAAUAGUUGUACAUUUUGGACAUGUGUAAGAUGUAUAUAAACAGGUUAGUUCACUUAUUUUGCUUCACAUGUAAAAACACAACUUAUGGUAGGCUUUUGGGUGUUUGUUUUCACUUGGAAGAAUGUUGUUAAAUGGCCACACUUGAUUUUUUGAGGGGAAACAUUUUAUCUUCUUUGAAGAAUUACUGGGUUAUGUGUUUUUCUCAGACACUUACUGCUUACUUACUACAAUUUGAAUCUGUGAUGACUGAAAUGAGUUUGUUUAUCUUGAGCCAGAAUCAUAAUUAAAGAAACUUAUGUGAAAUUAAGUUUCUGAGAAAAAUAAACUUGCUACUGAAAGUCACUAAAUGACUGGGAAUUCUCUAAUGAUAAGUUCAGAAAAACUAUCGUUAGACACCCUUAGGUAAUACUUUAUUUGGAUAUUCCGCCAGCAGAGUAUUUAUAACAUCUCAUUGUUUUAGUGAAUGAGAUUCAAUAAUUCAGCGGUUUCACUUUGUAGAUGUUUAUUUCUAUGACAAUUCACUAAAUAUUCUCUGAAUAUUUUUUUGAACAAUUCACUUAACUGAAUAGGCUGUUGAAAUGUUAGAAAUAUAAUACUAAAAACUCGACUAUCCCGAAUAAAGUGUUACCCAACCUUAUAAUGAAUAAAAGUUGCUAAAAGGUAUUAGAACCUUUCGCCAUACUGUAUACAGACUCGUGUAGUUGUACUUGAUGUGUACCUUGGUGUAUGUUUAUUUCUUCUCUGAAGAAUGCUCUUUCAGUGAAAGAUCAUGUACAGGUUGAAAUGUAAAUCAACUGUUUUGAAUUUUCCUGAUGAGACAAACCUAAUUUCGUAGUUAAUGAAAAAAUGAAUUUAUUUUUGAGUUUGUAUUUAAAGUGUUAUGAAAGUAUGUUGUGUGUUUUUUUUUCUGGACUUCACUUCUUCAUUAAGUUAAAUCAAAGGUUUAUUUAUGUACUCGCACUAAAAGGGUUUGAAGGGUUGUUAUGUCACUUUGUUCAGCAAAUGCUUGUCUGCAGCAUCUGCUGGUCUGUGUGAAUGUACUGAACAACACUGAUGUGUUUCAUGUGGACCCAUACUUUUUUAAUAAAGUGUUUUUCCUAAUUAUUGUUAAA